AUGACUUUCCUGGGAUCAAGAGGGCACACACAUUCUCCGCUUGCAUCUCUAAUUAUUCCCUACAAGCAGAAAGGAAUAUUUAUUCCUUUGCUCCACAAGGCAUCGGCAGCUCUUGUCAUCAGCAGCCAAAAUGAAACUGACAAAGAACGACAAGCUCUUCUAUGCUUCAAGUCCCGGCUAUCAGAUCCAGCCGGAGCCUUAUCCUCAUGGAGCAACCCAUACCUUGAUUUCUGCAACUGGCAUGGUGUAAGCUGCGACGGCGCACAGUCUCCUCACCAUGUUACUUCACUAGACCUCUCUUCUGAAGGCCUCACUGACUCUAUACCAUCUUGUAUAGCCAACCUCACCUCACUUAAGAGGCUGCAGUUGUCAAAUAACAGCUUCCAUGGCUCCAUACCUCCCGAGCUUGGUCUCCUAACCCAGCUCACCUAUCUCAACCUCAGCAUGAAUUCUCUGAAUGGUGGGAUCCCAUCUGCGAUCUCAUCCUGCACGCAACUUCGAGUCCUCGACCUAUCGAACAACUCCCUCGAAGGUGAUAUCCUACCAACCUUAAGCCAAUGCAAAAACAUCCAAAUGAUAAACCUUAGUAAUAACAAGCUGCAAGGGAGCAUCCCAGCUGCUGUUGGGAUGCUCCAGAAGCUCCGAACCCUGAUCCUAGCAGGCAACAGUCUAUCAGGGUCAAUACCACCAUCCUUGUGCAGCUCAUCUCUAGUACAUGUUGAUCUCGGAAGAAAUUUUCUCUCCGGUGGAAUCCCUGAGUCCUUGGUGAAUAGUUCUCUCCAAGUACUUAGGCUCAUGAGCAAUAGGCUCACUGGGAAGCUCCCAGAGGCUCUCUUCAAUAGCUCAUCGCUUACCACAAUUUGCCUUCAACAGAACAUUUUCGUUGGUUAUAUACCACCUGUUGCUUCCAUCUCUUCCCCUUUGAAGUACCUUAGUUUACAAGAGAACAAUCUCUCAGGAUCAAUUCCUGUAUCGUUAGGGAAUCUCUCUUCUCUGGUUUUUCUGUCUCUUCAGCAGAACAAUCUGAUCGAGAGCAUCCCAGAAAGCUUAGGCAACAUUCGGAAACUACAAGUAUUGAGAUUGACCGCCAACAAACUGUCAGGUCUUGUGCCACCGUCGGUCUUCAACAUCUCGUCACUGAAAUUUCUUGGCCUGGGCAGUAACUUACUUAGUGGAAGGCUACCCUCCAACAUUGGCAACACACUUCCGAAUAUUCAGACAUUAGUACUCAUAUCAAACAGAUUUUAUGGCACGAUCCCUGAUUCUCUUCUCAAUGCAUCACACCUGGAAAAGAUAUAUAUGGCUUUCAAUAUGCUGACCAGUUUUGUGCCAUCAUUUGGAUCAUUGCCAAACUUGGAGGUUCUUGAUGUUGGUGGAAAUAUGCUGGAAUCAGGUGACUGGAGUUUCCUCUCCUCCCUCUCAAAUUGCACUAGACUGACUCGGCUCAUGCUCGACUCGAAUAAUCUCCAAGGAAAUUUGCCAUUAUCGAUUGGUAAUCUUCCAAACAGCAUUGAGCAUCUUUGGAUUAGAGACAACAAAAUUUCUGGGCCAAUUCCCUUGGAGAUAGCCAAUCUGACAAACCUCGUAGAAUUAUAUAUGGGCUACAAUCUUCUCAACGGUAGUAUGCCACCAACUAUUUUACAGUUGCAUGACUUGGUUAGACUUGGAAUUUCACGAAACAAACUUUCUGGCCACUUGCCACACGAUAUUGGGAGACUUAGUCAGCUGAAUGAGCUCCGCUUAGAGCAAAACAACUUGACUGGAAGUAUACCUGCUAGCAUUGGGAACUGCACGCAGCUACAGAAAUUAAACCUUUCUCACAAUUCACUAGCUGGGAGUAUACCAAGCAAUCUCUUACAAAUUUCUUCGCUUUCAAUAUAUCUGGACCUAUCAUAUAACCACUUAUCUGGGGAAAUACCAGAGGAAGUUGGGAAUCUCAUUAAUCUAAAUCUUCUUAACAUCUCAAAUAACAUGUUGUCUAGUAACAUCCCAUCCACUCUUGGUCAAUGCGUGCUACUUGAGUCUCUUCAGAUGCAAAACAACUUCUUUGAAGGAAGCAUUCCACAAUCUUUCAUAAACUUGGUAGGAAUAAAGGAAUUGGAUCUUUCGGAGAACAAUUUGUCUGGAACAGUCCCAGGGUUCCUCACAUCUUUGAGUAGGCUGCGCACUCUUAAUUUAUCCUUCAACAACUUUGAUGGAGUAGUUCCAAUGGGUGGUAUUUUCAGCAUUGUUGGUGCUGUGUCCAUUCAAGGAAAUGAUAGGUUGUGUACGAAUCAUCCAGCAUUAGGCCUGCCACUUUGUGCAAGAUUGGUUGGCCUGAAAGGCAGACACAGAUCUUUAGUCCCAAGGAUCGUACUACCAAUUGUUUCUGCUAUUGUUAUAACUUUAUCAUGCGUUGUGAUAGUUCUUAAGAGGAAGAAGAAACAAUCAGUGCCACAAAUAAUACGACGACCCAAUAUGGAUAUGAAGAGGAUAACAUUUCAAGACAUUAUCAUAGCAACAAAUCAGUUCUCUUCUGCCAACUUGGUCGGUUCAGGAUCAUUUGGAACAGUUUAUAAAGGUUGCCUGGAACUUGAGGACAGCAUAGUUGCUAUCAAGAUCUUCAACCUUGAAAUAUUUGGAGCGGAUAAAAGCUUCACAGCAGAGUGUGGAACCCUAAAAAACAUCCGCCAUCGGAAUCUAGUCAAAGUAAUUACUUUAUGCUCUUCAGUGGAUUUGACUGGGAAAGAUUUCAAGGCGCUUGUGUUCAAAUACAUGCCAAAUGGGAAUCUGGAAACGUGGCUACAUCCCGAGGUCAAAGAACAAGGCCAUAUAAAGACUAUAAGUUUGAGUCAGAGAAUUAACGUAGCCUUGGAUGUGGCUUUUGCUUUAGAUUAUCUUCAUAAUCAUUGUGCAUGUCCAUUAAUACACUGUGAUUUGAAGCCAAGCAAUGUUCUACUGGAUCUUGAUAUGACAGCAUGCGUAGGAGACUUUGGCCUGGCAAGAUUUCUAUGCACUGGUGGAGGCAAUGGACACCAUAAUAGUUCAGCAAGCUUGGCUUACUUAAAAGGAUCCAUUGGAUACAUCCCACCAGAGUAUGGACUAAGCGUAGAAAUCUCAGCCAUGGGUGAUGUCUAUAGCUUCGGGGUGCUUCUGUUAGAAAUGAUUACGGGGCGUCGUCCAACUGAUCAGAAUUUCAAAGAUGGUAUAACCCUGCAUGAAUACGUUUACAGAGCAUUUCCAAAUAAUAUCUAUGGGAUUCUUGACCCUGUGCUGCUCCAAGAUGAUGAAAUGGAUGCAACUGAUGCCAUGGAAAAUUGCAUCAUUCCAUUGGUUAGAGUAGGCCUCUCAUGCUCCAUGGCAUCACCCAAAGCACGAUUCGAAAUGGGAAAAGUUUGUACUGAGAUCCUCGCAAUCAAGGAUUCAUUCUCAAUCCUAUAAGGUACACAUACAACUAAUCAGCUAGAGCUAGCAAUACCAAGUGAAGAUUAGCGAUGGAUAAGUUGUGAUUUUGUACGUUUUCUAUUGCGUAUGGUUGGUUAUAUUUGUCUGCAUGAUACAAUCCUUAGAGAGACUUCUUCAACGUUGAAUAAGAGUACAUGAUGGAACUCUAAUAUAUUUUCAUGUCGAGGCUA